UCCGGAAGACGGAAGCUUGACCUAAAACAAAAUAAAACAAGGCUUAGAUUAGCUCAGUCAGACGAUGCUUUGUUGUUACUGAGUAUGGUGUUAUUAUAAUAUUAUAACUACCGAUAUCAAGAGAGGAAUUUGCUGUUGUCCUAGAAACACUGAUAAGACGAAAAAUGACUUCCCCAAAAAAGAUUGUGGACAAAAAAGAAGCACCGAAAAAAGAAGCAACUAGACGGACUAUUGGUCAGAAAGCAGCCUGCUCUUUCAACAUUGUUGAGCAGAAACUUAGAAAUAGCCCAGUUUUUAUCUGCCUAAUUAUAUUUACAGCCCUCCUACUAUUUGCAGUGCUAUUUCUGAAUCUCCUCGCUGGUAAUCCAGAGAUUAGUCAUGGCUUGUUUGUUCGUGGAAUUUCAACAGUUUCCUACCAGUACCCCCUUGACAUCACUCCAGCCGGUUGGGCUUUUUCUAUUUGGGGAGUUAUCUACCUUCAUCAGUUUGCUUGGGUGAUUUAUAAUCUUGCUUUGAUCUGCCGCACAACAAACAACGGACCUGCAUACCUCAACCCUGUCAUUCUCUCACCAGCAUUUCUUAUUUUUUUUAACUUGAGUUCAGCUUUUAACAUUGGUUGGCUGUUUUUAUGGGAUCGUAUUCUGUUUAUGGCUUCUUUAGUUUUUCUUGCUUGCAUUACCCUUUCUUUGUUUUUGACAUUUGCUAUUAUUUGCAUACGAGUGGCCAUGUUCAAGGAUGUUUUGGUUGACCAAGGACGAAAUGUUGAUCUUAACUUUCUGAAUAUUGCAGUAGUAAAUGGUAUUGGUAUGUACGCAACAUGGUCCACAGUGGCAACCGUUAUUAAUCUUGGUGUUGUUUUGACAUAUAAAUGGAGGCACCCAAUCUACAGUGAGAAUUCUUCAAUUAUAUGCAUGGGGGUCUUGUCAUUUUUGUUUGCUAUUUACAUAAUUUUAGAUCUGACUGCUUUUGAGAAAUACACCCGUUAUGCUCUUGCACCAUAUGCUGUUAUGAUUUGGGCAUUGGCAGCCAUCAUUUCCAAAAACUAUAACCCAUCAAAUGUUUCAUUUGUUAUGGCCACUGUCUUGCUUGGUGUUGCAUCUUUGGCUUUCCUUUUGAAACUGGGAUUGACAGCAUAUCGUUCAAAGAGCUUAAAAUACCAGUAUAGACAGAUGAGAAGAGGCAGACCUCUUGUAGAUGAACAGUGAUGAUUCAAUGAUAACUUUUUUUUUUCAAAUUAAAAUUUUGUUUUGUAUUGAAGAAUUAUAAUUUAGUGUACUAGUUUUGUUCAUUUACUUAAACAUUCCCUGCACUUGCUUUUCAAAGAAAUUUAAAAUCAAAGAGUUGAUUUAGUUAUAAAUAUCAUUUUAUGUUUCACCUAUUUAAAAUUAAUAUAAAUAUCUUUUCUUUAUACUUCGGUUGUGUUAAUAUUUGUAAAAUGUUCUUAAGUUUUUUCAAUUAUGGGAACUAUUGAGCAUGGUGCUAUAACUUAGUUUUCAGUUCCUACGUCUUUUUAAUAGUAGGACACCUCAAAUUGAAAAGGUUAAAUCUGCUAAAAAUUAAUUAUCUGCUAAACAUGCCUCGCUAAACAAUUUAAACAUACAAGAAAAUUGUACAUAAACCUCCCUAAAUGUUAAAACUUUUGUAUAUAAUAUCAGUUAUCUUCAGUCAUCAUUUUAACAAAUUGCAGCAAACACACAGCUUUACAUAAUACAUAUUAUUCAAACAAACUUGUAUUUAUGUACCAUAAUUAAAUAUUAGUAAUAGUUUUUUAUGUGUUUGUGAGGUUUAGGGCUGGCUUUCAUUUGGUAGUAACUUAAUGAAAGUUUAGUUCUUUGGUGUUUUACAACUUAACUUUGCUUAACUGGCAAUGUUGUGUAUUAGUUUCUGUUCAAAUAUUUUGUUAUUUAAACAUGACAAAAUAAAAAUUUAAUGAAAAAAUUAUCACUUUGGUUUGUAAAAAUGUGUCAAUGGCCACACAAUCUUUAUCCUUUUUAACAAUCUAAUCAGUAUCUUUCUAAACUAAAAUGAUUAGUUAAUUAUUUUGCAUUGAUGUAUUCACACCUCAUAAAACCAAAGAUAUUUUGUAUUAUGUUGACCUGCAAAAAAUGUAAAUUUUAAAAAAGCUAUAAUAAGCUGCUAGAUCCAUUUGUAAUUCAAUAGUAAGAUUCAGCUAUUAUGUUUUGGUUGUAUUUUUUCUUACUUUCAACAGUUUAUGGAUACUGGUCAUUUUGUAAGCCUUAUGACUUUGCUCAAAAUAGAGCACCCUAGUGGUUUCACUUUUCUUACAAUUUAAACAGAAAUUUUGCCAGUUUUU